AUGCCAGAAGUAGAGACAAAGAUUAUACCAAACGAAAAGGAGGACGAGGACGAGGACGGCUACAUAGAAGAGGAGGACGAGGACUUCCAGCCUGAAAAAGAUAAAUUAGGUGGUGGUAGCGACGAUAGUGAUGCCAGCGAUGGCGGUGACGACUAUGAUGACGGUGUGAACAGAGAUAAGGGUAGAAAUAAAGUGGACUAUUCGCGUAUAGAGAGCGAGAGCGGCGGACUGAUCAAGACUAGAAGAGCUCGGCAAGCUGAGGAAGAAUAUGCGAAAACACAUAAGUAUGAAUCGUUAACUGUUGAAUCGAUCCCUGCAAAAGUAAACAGCAUCUGGGAGGAGCUACAGGAAGCUAGUAAGAACCGUCUUUUGAGCAGUUCAGGGAAAGUCGGCUCUGUUCUCGACGGUUCCAAGGAGGCUAGGUCGACAACGGCCGCGCAACAGGAGGACAAAAUCCUCAUCGAAAGAAACUACAAGUUUGCUGGUGAAACUGUCCAUGAGAAAAAAUGGGUUUCACGCAGCAGUGCGGAGGGUCAAGAAUAUCUAAACAGUUUGAAAUUUAAGCAGCAGGCGCCUGCUGCUCCUGUUCAACUGGAAAAAGCAGUUAGGACCAAGUCCAAUGAAAGCCGGCAACACUUGCGACGGCCACUGAAAAGGCCUCCAUUGUUGGAGCAGAUCAUUUCUGGCGGGCUACGACCCAAGCUAACGACAUUAGAAAAAUCUCAGCUGGACUGGGCUAGUUAUGUAGACCGUGCUGGACUUAACGACGAAUUGGUGCUGCACAACAAGGAUGGGUUCUUGGCCCGGCAAGAAUUUCUGCAGCGGGUCGGGUCUGCAGAGGACGAGAGAUACAAAGAAUUGCGCCGGCAACAACUUGCUCAGCAGUUGCAGCAGGAUAGCGAAGCUUCAUAG